UGGAUAAAAAUGUAAAUUGUAACUAUACUAUGAUCUCUGAAUGAUAAUUUUUGAAUUAUCUGUAAUAUGACCAGACGUCAUCACUUCUCAGGCGAAAUGCGUGUGUUUAUUUUGAAAGCAAAGACCGGAUGUUGUGUGUGUCUUCACGUGCAGCUUGAUUGUGCUUGUCAGUCACAGCUGGCUAGUUGCUGGGCUGGCCACAAGUUGAGCAAUAAGCGGUAUGUCUGGGACUAGCAAGUCGCUUCAUGGAUUCCCCGGUGCGAAGCGUAACUAAAGGUAUUGGUCCAGUCCUCGGCCUGCUCUUCGUCCCUCUUAUUGGCUCAGCCAGUGACCACUGCAACAGCAGUUACGGCAGAAGACGGCCUUUCAUCUGGCUGUUCUCCCUGGGAGUCCUCUUGGCACUUUUUAUCAUUCCCUAUGCCGAUGUCCUGGCUGCACGCCUUGCCUGGGGCGGGCACAAGUUGCAGGUGGGUUUCCUUAUCCUCGGAGUGGGUCUUCUGGACUUUUGUGGACAAGUGUGCUUCACACCAUUGGAGGCACUAUUAUCAGACCUCUAUCGAGAUCGGGAGGACUGCAACCAAGCCUUUGCAAUGUUUUCCUUCAUGGUCAGCUUGGGAGGCUGCGUGGGAUACUUGCUUCCUUCCAUAGACUGGAGCCACAGCCUGCUCUCUGUUUACCUUGGGGGCCAAGCCCAGUGCCUCUUCUUUCUCCUCAUCUUCAUCUUUAUCUCUAGUGUACUCAUCACUAUGAAGGUGUCUGACUCGAAAGAGCCCCCCGGUGCAAUCGGCCGCUCGGCGACAGUCGAGUCUUUGCUGGAUUCAGGAAGCAGUACAACGGAAGCUGGCCAGCGUGGCGUGCCUUGCUCCUGCUGCUACCUGCUGAAGUGUAAGCUGAGGCUGCUGAAGACUGGACCGUUGCUAUGUUUGCUAAGAACAUGCUGGUCUAUGGCUCCUGCCAUCUACAGGAGCUACUGCCAUGUCCCGAGGGUGAUGUGGCAGCUAUGUGUGGCUCAUCUCUGCAACUGCAUGGCCGUCAUGUCCUUCACGCUUUUCUUCACAGUCUUUGUAGGGGAAGGCGUGUACAGCGGCGUGCCAAAUGCAGGACUAGGAAGUGAGUCCAAACAAAGAUAUGAUGAAGGCGUGCGUAUGGGAAGCCUGGGUUUGUUCCUGCAGUGUGCUACCUCAACCUUCUUCUCCAUGGCCAUGAGUCGUAUGGUCGGCCGCUUCGGAUCGCGCUGGGUGUACAUGAGCAGCAUGGUGAGCUUCACGGUGUCUAUGCUGGUCAUCUGCCUUUCUAAAAGCGUGGUCCUGGUCACAAUCAUGGCCGCCCUCACCGGCUACGCCUACGCCACUCUGCAGACCCUGCCUUACACUCUCACCUGCCACUACCACAAGGAGAAGAAGGUGUAUAUGCCAAAAAGGAAAACCAAAAACGCGCAUAAAAAUGGUGUUCCAACCAAGCUCGACUAUUUGACUGCUGCGGAAGAGGGACUAGCACCUGGAUCCUCCUUCGGGAACGCCUUCUUCAGCCAGGACAGCUACUACUCCGCUUCCCUCAACCACAACGGGUCACCUCUCAGCUCCGGAGUCACCGAGCAGGACGAGCCGGAGUCUGGAUAUGAGAACCGCGGCGUCGGCUCGGACUUUGCCAUUUUAGACAGCACCUUCCUCCUCUCUCAGGUCAUCCCCACCCUUUUUAUGGGCACCGUUGUUCAGUUUGCGCAGUCCGUCACCGCCUAUAUGGCCUGCUCCGCCAUCUUAGGUGUUAUCGGCAUCUGUUUGGCCACUCACAUUGUCUUUGACCAAAAGGACCUCAAAGGCUGUGACUCAGAUGGGAAACAUGUGGGGAAGAUUGUGGAAUAAUCCAUUUUUGUUGGGGGGACAACAAUGCACUAAAGGAUACCUUUGUAUCCCAGGAGGCCUUGCUUCUAUUUUUAUGCAUUUGUUUUUUGCACCUUAUCAAAAGUGUGCCAAUAUGAGGCAGUGUAGAUAGAAGGUGAAUAUAUCAUCAGCAAUGUGCAGCUACUUCAACGAGACACGUUUUGUCCUGAAUCCAACAGCUGCAGGGCAUUCAGAUGCAUUUUGUUUUGUACACAAGCUUGAUCUUGAUCUUUUUGGGGUCAACAAGUAAGGGAAUGCUGCCAGGCUCAAGUAAACCUCGUACCACUUAGAUGCCUUCUAGUGCCAACACAAAUCAUUUUCUACCUGUUAUUCUUGUACAUUCUGCUGCCUCGCCAGGUUUCUCGCCGACGGUGCCGAAUGGCUGUCACUGUAUAUCUAUAGUGUGUCUUUCUAGCUCAGGUUUAAUGUCAUAUUUGGACGCGUCAGCGUCAUUAGGAGGUAAAAUCCUAGCGUCCAAACAUCCCUAAGAUCCUCGCUGCACCUUCGAUGCGCUCAAUUGACAAUCUUGGACUCCCACGCGGGCUCUGCAUUCCCAAAAGACACGCGUUUCUACUAAAAAGGUGCUGUACACAAUGCAUGCUUUCAUUGGAGCAAAAAAAACCCCAACAAAACACAACCAUAAUUUCACCCCAAAAUGUCGUCUUGAGUUGCACAAUCUGUUAGAAAACAAAAGAAGUGCCUGUAUAUUUUAUUGACUUUUGUACAUACGUAUUUAUUUAUGAUAAAAACUUUUAACUGUCGGCCUGUAGCAUCUGGGUGAGAGCUAUCUGUGUGAAAAAGCUAAGUUAUUUGUAAAGAUGUGACGACGUCCUCAAAGAGUCCUAAGUUAUUUGAACCAAGUAGCGUCUGCUGUUUCUGCUCAUGCUGCUUCCUCCCUGCUUGUAUUACCACUACACAUCGCUUCUAUUUUCAUUCACUUUUUCUUUCAACAGUGGAAUUGUUUUAGGCCCUUCUGCAACCAAAUGUCCUGUUGGAUUGUUUUUAUGUUUAUUUUUAAAGGCAGUGCCAAUGGCAGACUCUUAAGGCCAGAGAGAUAUACAUAUUUUGUUUGUUGUAUAUCCAUGUACCAUACAAUAUUGAUGCAUGCAGCCGUGACAGAAUACUGUUUAUUUUACAGUCUCCAGAUCAGUUUUAUAAGCAAUAAAAACAUCAAAUGGA